CUCUGUGUUUAAUGUCUGAAAUAUUUUAAAAUAUAUAAACACGAGUUUAAGUGCUUACACCUUUUAAUAUUGGCAAAGCGAACUUCAACAGGUAAAAUUGUAGGUUCGCAGAAAAUCAUGGCUCUUCAAGGCCACCUUUGGAUUGCUGUUAGUGUUUUUGUUUUUGUUGUAAUUUUCUCAUCGGUGACUGCAAAGAUCAAAUACAGAGAUGACAUCUAUGAGCCUCGAGUUGUGUCUCUUGGCGAUGGAGAUAAGCUGGAGCAUGAGCUAAAUCGAAUACGACGAGAAUCAUCCAAAAAUAAUCGUGGAAAAAUGGGAGUGAGCGAUUCCCAUGUCGAAGUUCAUGUGAAUACAUUUAAAAACAAGAACCACAAACAGGCCGUGGUCCACUGGUCGGGAAGCGACAGCAACGCCAUCUUUCUACUAACAAGAGAAGUUAUUGAUGGAGUAGUUAACAGCUCAUCACUAUACAGAUCUCUGAAUUAUGGAGUGACUUUUGAUGAAAUCACCCCCCAAAAUUCAGUAAUUUCCAGCUUUUUUGUUGAUCCUAACAACUACACAAAGCUGAUAUUUGCCGACAGAAAAAACAGAGCAGUGUACGUGACGGAUGAUGAGGGCAAGACGCUCUCUGGUCCACACCACACACAGUUUAAUCCCCAGCGUCUUGUGUUUAACCCCAUACUGGAGAAUGUACUGCUUGGGUACUCCUACACACAGGAACAGUUGUUUGUAAGCAGAGAUCUUGGGAAAACAUGGAAGAAGCUUCAGGAUGGAGCAGACAGCCGGUUCUUUUGGUUUAUUCCUGGUGUUGAUACAAACAACAUGACAGUGCACAUGGAGAUUGCUGACCCAGUGACAGGACAAAUGCAUUACAAAGCCUGCAUCAUAGAGUGGACAGAGUCGGACAAUGUCCACUGUAGUCCACUGACUGACCUGAGCAGUGCACUGGGGACCAUAGCAGUGGAGUCCCUGGUAGUACAGAAUGAAUAUAUCUUUGUACAGAAAAACACACAGCGUUCAGCAGAGAUGUAUGUUUCCUACAGAAGACAGCCAUUCAAGAAAGCCUACUUUCCACAAGGACUGGAAUCUGUGGAAUUUGAGCUAUAUGACACAGAUGAACAUCAGGUAUUUGUAGCAGUAAGACACUGGACAGAUGUUCUCAAUCUCUAUCUCUCAGACAUCACAGGCCAGUACUUUGUGCUCUCCCUGGAAAAUGUUGUCACCAUGGACUUUGGUACUUUUUCCUUCAGUGACUUGAUUGAGAUUAAGAGCACCCCAGGGGUGUUUUUGUCCAAUGUCAGGACAACAUAUGGUAUAGUUACCAUGGUAACAUAUGAUAAAGGAGGGAAUUGGUCUCGUCUGGCAGCAGCAGACCCUAAGUGUCGUCUGCCUGACUGUUCCUUGAACCUGCACAUGAUGUACAGUUCUUUCAAAUAUUCUAUUCCUCAAGGCAUCUUUAGCAAGAAAAAUGCACCUGGAAUUAUUAUUGGCUUGGGUAAUGAAGAUGGUUAUCUGAACAUGCAGUCCAAAUCCAACUCUUACAUCAGUAGAGACGGGGGGCACACAUGGACUAAGUUACUCAAUGGGAACUAUCAGUUCAACAUAUUGGACCAGGGAGGGGCACUGAUGGCAGUACAACCUGGAGUUUACACCAGACAUAUACAGUACAGCACAGAUGUAGGGGGCACAUGGAAGCCAGUUACAUUAAAUGUAUCUCUGAUGAUAGAUGGUCUCCUCAAUGAACCUGGCAUUACCACAUUAGUCAGCAGUGCCUAUGGUCACCAUCAGACAGGGGACUAUGGCUGGGUUGUGAUUCAGUUUAAUUUAACUGGUGCCUUCUCUGGAAAGUGUACAGACAAGAAUUAUGAACACUGGAGUCCAGGGGGAGAACAUGCAUGCACACUUGGAGAGCGUGCAGUGUAUCAGCGGCGGAAGCAGAAUGCAGACUGUUAUAAUGGCCAGGACUAUGAACGCCCCAUCAACAGUUCUGUGUGCACGUGUACAGUAGAAGACUUUGAAUGGUAA